UUCAAAAUCACAUGUGAUUUUUUUCACAUUACGCAGAAUAAAUAGAAGAUGGAUUAUUACAAUGGAAAAGAGUUCGAAAUUUCUUCCUAUUUUAAAACAAUAUGGGAUAAUAUAGCUUCCAUUGGAUGGUACAUAAUUGGAAUUAUGAUCUGCAUUUGGUACGCAUCUCCUUCUAUUCAAGAAAGAUAUGCAAGUUGGAAACUAAGAAAGGAAGAAGAAGAAUAUGCAGCAAAGUAUCAUAAAAAUACAGAUCUUUUGCAAGAAAGAAUUUCAAGUAUGGAAGCUUCACGACAAAAAAUGCAGCAAGAAUAUUAUAAGAAAUGCAUGUUAGUACAGCAAGAAGGGACAGAGCAGAGAAGAAAGACGACAAGAGGAACAUUAGGUUUAAGUUUGGACAGUAAUGUUUUAGGCCAAAGACUAGAAAAGAAAAAUAACGAUCUACCUCCUUCAACAGGAAAAAAAAAUAAUUCUUUAAGGGAAGAAUAUAAUCCCUUAAUGGGCGAUAGUUCUAGAAGUUAUCGACCGCCUAAACGCUCUUGUUGUGGAAAGGGCAGUUGUGGAUAAUAACGUAACUACUGAUUGUGUUCGAGGCCGAGGAAUUGUGCUGAGGGUAGCCGCC